ACUACGGUCGACGCGGACGUGUUUUCCCGAUUCUGGUCGGGUUCUUUUGAGACCAUCUGAUCGUUAAAAUGAUCCAUAAGAGAUCGAUAAGCGAGAGGUGACAGCCGAGCCGAGCCGAGCCGAGCCGAGCCGGUUCGUCAUGUCCGGACAGAGGGGCGGGAAAUCCCUGAUCAUCACUGACGAUGAGGAAGAGGAGGUCCAGGAUGGGCUGAACCCGUUCUCCUUCAAAGAGUUUCUGCGCUGGAAGAACCAGGACCAGAACCAGGACCAGAACCAGAACCAGGACCAGGACCAGGACCAGAACCAGGACCAGGACCAGGACCAGGACCAGAACCAGGACCAGGACCAGGACCAGGACCAGAACCAGGACCAGGACCAGGACCAGACACACAGAAAGGAGGAGGCUUUGGGGCGGAGCUUCCUCUGCGCUAGCGAGGAGGAAGAGGAUGCAGAUGAAGACGAUGGAGGAGAGGAGACAAGCAGGCUGACAGGAAACGAGGGAAGACAUGCGGCAAAUAUCGCCGGGUCCGGGAAUCGAACCCGUGACGGCCGUGUCGAGGACUCAAGGCCUCCAAACGUGGGUCGCGCUAACCGCUACGCCACCACGACACGCCCAAAGGGUCACCCUACCCUAACCCACUGUGGAACCUGUGGAAGUUUGGUUUCAUGUGUUUUAUUUCAGCGCAGAUUACGGUACUCCUCCAACCCUGAAGGAGGAGACGAGAUGUCCCUCGGCCAAUCGGACGCCAGCAGGGGGCGGAGCCUGAUCCAACAGAUGAGGGAGGAGAACUCGGCGUUGAGGCGGAGCGUCAGGGAGCUGCAGAGGAGAGCCGACCUCCACCAGUCCAGGGCGAGGCGGCUCUCUGAGGAGCUGCAGCAGAGGAAGCGCCAGGAGGAGCAGGAGGCGCAGGACCUGGAGAGCAUGGUGCAGUCAGUGGAGCAGAACCUGCAGCUGAUGAAGGUGUGUGUGUGUGUGUUUCAGAGGCGAGCAGCGAAGGCUGAGAGCAGCGUUUCCAGACUGAAGGCGGAGCUUCAGCAGCUGCAGGUGGAGGCAGAUGCUCUGCGAUCAGAAAACAACCGUCUGAAGGCUGCUGAAUCUGAGGUCGUCAUGACGAUGAGACAAAACGCUCAGGUGGCGGCCGAGUACCUGAGCAAGUCAGCAAGCCACGCCCACUCCUCCGUCAGGCAGCUGAUGGAGGAAGCAGAGACUCUCCGUUUGGUCUCUCAGCUCCUGCAGUCCAUCGAUAAGAUCUCCAGUGUUCAGCCUGAACACCUGCAGGACACCUGAGGGUGCAGUUGCCAUGGAAACGGUGGAGUUGGCACCCUGAGGUUUUACUUUAAGAAGAGAGGAAAGAUGGAGGAGGUUCAGCUUCAGAUUUGUCCUCCUGGACUCCAAGUUUUUACUGUUGUUGUUUUGAUUUUUGUGAGAUGAUGAUGAAGAUGAAGAUCUGGAGGUUUCAGCGCUGAGCUCUCCUCCUCCUCCUCCUCAAGGUUUGACCUCGACUUUGAUGUAAACCUGCAGGAUCAAUAACUGUUCCUCCUCUAAUAAAUUCUCCUUUAAUAAAUACAAACCUGAAGAAUCUCAGUAAAGUGGAGAGACGCUGAUUUGUUCCAGAAAGUAAAAUCUAGACCCGACCAACCAGGAACUGAUCCUUAGCCAAUCAGGACGCUCCGUGUCCUUAGCCAAUCAGGACGCUCCAUGUUCUCAGCACAAAAAUAUUUGAAAAUAAAAGCCUGUGCUGUCCAUGUUGGUGAAACUCGGCGCCGCCCUCGACAAGAACAAAGACGAUCUGGACCAGGCUGGAGAACUGGUUCAGGAGAUUAACC